AUGAUCGACGAGGCCCUGCUUCGACCCGGUCGCCUUGAAGUCCAAAUGGAAGUCAGUUUACCGGACGAGUUCGGUCGCCUACAGAUCCUGAGAAUUCACACUUCUCGAAUGCGUGAGUACAAGAAGCUGGAUCCAGAAGUGAAUCUGGAAGAGCUGGCUAAGCGCACGAAGAAUUUCUCUGGUGCUGAGAUAGAAGGUCUCAUUGAUCCUGAUGCCAUAGAUAAGUUGAUGAUUAAUGCAGCCGAUUUCGACUACGCCCUGGAAAACGAUAUUAAACCGGCCUUUGGACGAAGUGAUGAGUCACUAGAGAAAUUCCUUCGUCGUGGUAUGGUUGUAUGGGGUAGUGAAGUGACGCGUAUACUCGAAGAAGGCGCUCGUCUUGUUGAAGAAACCGUAAAUCCAGACGCUGGUCCACCACGAUCUGGAAAGAGCUUCUUGGCUGCUGAAAUAGCUCGAGCUUCAGACUUCCCUCUUAUCAAGGUAGUAUCUCCUGGAGAUAUGGUAGGAUUUUCGGAAUCAGCAAAAUGUCAGUGUCUCCGAAAAGCGUUUGCUGAUGCGUUCCGUUCCAGAUUGAGUGUUCUGCUCAUAGAUAAUGUGGAAAGAUUGCUUGACUAUUCACCCGUUGGUCCUCGUUUCUCCAAUCUUGUUCUCCAAGCAUUGCUAGUUUUGUUGAACGAACCUCCUCCACAGGGGUGGGGUCUUGUUAAGAUUCUGAAGAAAUCUCCAUGCUUUAAUGGUAAAGAUCCCUUCAAUGAUUACUAUCAACACAUCAUUGAGAAAUUGUCAAGUAAAGCGGUUGAAGUGGAAGCGCGUGAGAAGCUGAAGCAACAUAGAUUCGAGAACCUUUUCGUCGUCAAGCUGUUCAUUUACAAAGUGCUUGAUGGAAACUUCAAAAACGGUCUCACUGAGAUCAGUGUAAGCUAUGGAAUCGGCAUAAAACGCCUGCUGGGAGUGAUUGAUUUCUGCCGAAAGUGUGAAGAAGGAUAUCGAGCACAAAUGCUUGUCAGCAAGAUCGAGGCUAUCGCUUUAGGAAUGGAAUAA